AUGAAAAGGAUAGUUCUGAGUAAAAAUCCGUCAAGUACUAUUUCUGUGACAUGCUUCCAAAAUUUUAGAUACGAAUGUACUUCUGAAGUGCCAAAAAAUUUACUAAAAAAAAGGAAAGGAAAAUUUGCUACGCAGGAAUUUGGAGAGGGAUGGGAAAAUGAUGAAGACCUAAGUUGAAGAGGAGCAAGAAGAGGUGUGCGAUUGCUUAGAAGAAGACAUCGGACUUCAUAUUUAGAAUUUUUUUUUUAUUUAACUUAAACCCCUUAAAUAAUGUUUAACUGAAAAAUAAAUUAUAAUUAGUAGAAUAUUUUGGGCAACACUCGAUAAAUCCAAUUCCUGUUGAACAAAAGUCGAUAAAUCCAAAUUUCAAAUAUAAAUAUAAAAAAUAACUUUUCAAUGAUACUGUUAUUAUAAUGUCAGAAAAUAAUCAAAAGAAUCCAAUAAAAUACAGAAUAAA